AUGCCUUCCGCCGACUUCGAAGCCGCCGUCAAGGCCUCCAAACAGCUCAAGGCAAAGCCCGGCAACGAUGAGCUGCUCGAUCUCUACGCACUCUACAAGAUCGCCAACGGCGAGGACAUCAGCAAGGCCGCUGCGCCCGGCAUGUUCGAUCUCAAAGGCAAAGCCAAGAAGAACGCCUGGCAGAAGAAGGUCGACUCCGGUGUCUCGCCGGCCGAUGCCGAGAAGCAGUACGUCGAGCUGGUCGAGAAGCUGAAGACCUCGUAUGGCUAUGAUCCAAGCAAGGCGCCUGAGGCGGUUGGUAGCUCUUGA